AUGGAGAACGAAAAGGAAAAUCUCUUUUUCGAGCCACAUAAAAGGGGACUGGUGAAAACACCUCUGAAAGAAUCCACCGCAGCAAAUAUAGUGUUGGCGGAGAUCCAACCUGACUUUGGCCCUUUAACCACACCCACCAAGCCCAAGGAGAUCUCCCAGGGAGAACCGUGGACACCAACAGCCAACCUAAAAAUGCUAAUCAGUGCCGUGAGCCCAGAGAUCCGCUACAGAGAUCAGAAAAGGGGUUUGUUUGACAACGGAAAUGGAUUACCUGAGGCCAGAGAUUGUUUACAUGAACACUUAUCUGGAGACGAAUAUGAGAAAUCCCAACCCAGUCGAAAAGAGAAAAGCUUAGGAUUGUUGUGUCAUAAGUUCUUAGCUCGAUAUCCCAACUAUCCCAACCCUGCUGUGAAUAACGACAUCUGUCUUGAUGAAGUAGCCGAGGAACUUAACGUUGAGCGCCGACGCAUUUACGAUAUCGUCAACGUCCUAGAGAGUCUGCACAUGGUGAGCCGGCUUGCCAAAAACAGGUACACUUGGCACGGCCGACACAACCUCAACCAAACCCUUGGGACUUUGAAGAGCGUCGGGGAAGAGAACAAGUAUGCCGAGCAGAUUAUGAUGAUCAAAAAGAAAGAAUAUGAACAAGAGUUUGACUUCAGUAAGAGUUACCGUAUAGAGGAUCCGAUCAUCAAAUCAAACACUGGCCAAAAUGGACACCCAGACAUGUGUUUCGUCGAACUCCCUGGAGUGGAAUUUCGGGCAGCCUCUGUAAACAGCCGCAAAGACAAGUCUUUAAGAGUGAUGAGCCAGAAAUUUGUGAUGCUAUUUUUGGUGUCAACGCCUCAGAUAGUAAGCCUGGAAAUUGCUGCCAAGAUUUUAAUUGGGGAGGACCAUGUGGAAGAUUUGGAUAAAAGCAAGUUUAAAACAAAAAUUAGGAGGUUGUAUGAUAUAGCUAAUGUUCUGAGUAGCCUGGAUCUUAUCAAGAAAGUUCAUGUUACAGAGGAAAGAGGCCGAAAACCAGCUUUUAAAUGGACAGGCCCAGAAAUCAGUCCAAAUUCCAGUGGUCUUGGCCCAGUGCUUCCUUUUGCUGCCUCUGAUUUGGAAGGGAGGCGGUCUUCUAAAGAGAACUGUGCCAAAAACCUCUUUUCCACACGUGGGAAACCAAACUUCACUCGACACCCAUCUCUCAUCAAACUGGUAAAGAGCAUAGAAAGUGAUCGGAGAAAGAUAAAUUCUGCUCCCACUAGCCCUAUCAAAACCAACAAAGCUGAGAGUUCUCAGAAUUCUGUGCCUUUCCCAAGUAAAAUGGCUCAGCUUGCAGCUAUUUGCAAAAUGCAGUUAGAAGAGCAAUCAAGUGACCCCAGAAAGAAAGUGAAAGUACAACUGGCAAGAUCUGGGCACUGCAAACCAGUGGCCCCUCUGGACACUCCAGCAAAUGCUGAGCUAGAGAUGACAGCACCGUCCCUCAUCCAGCCCCUGGGGGUGGUCCCCCUCAUCCCCAGCCCAUUGUCAUCGGCAGUGCCCAUGAUCCUACCUCAGGCCCCUUCGGGCCCAUCAUAUGCCAUCUACCUGCAGCCUGCCCAGGCCCAAACGAUGACGCCGCCCCAAGGCCUGAGCCCCACGGUCUGCCCCACGCCCUCUUCUAACGCUACGAGAUCAAAAGGUUCCACCGAUACCACCACAGAGAAUGCAGCCAAUGAUGCACCAAAGUCCAGUGCCUCCACCAGGCCUGGAAGCUUGCUGCCAGGGCUGGAGCGACAAGGUACAAAGAACCGAGACAGGGAGCCUGCUGGAGAAAGAGGCUCAAAGAGGGCAAGCAUGCUUGAGGACAGUGGUUCCAAAAAGAAAUUUAAAGAAGACCUAAAAGGACUUGAAAAUGUCUCCACAACCUUGUUCCCAUCAGGAUACCUAAUCCCUCUCACCCAGUGCUCAACCCUGGGGGCAGAGUCCAUUUUGUCUAGUAAAGAAAGCUCAGGUACACUUUCCCCAAACCACAGGAUCUACAGCUCCCCGAUUGCAGGUGUUAUUCCAGUGACAUCAUCCGAACUCACUGCUGUUAAUUUUCCCUCUUUUCAUGUAACACCUUUGAAGCUAAUGGUCUCACCAACUUCCGUGGCGGCCGUCCCUGUCGGGAACAGCCCGGCUCUCACUUCGAGCCACCCCGUUCCCGUCCAGAACCCGAGCUCAGCCGUUGUAAACUUCACUCUGCAGCACUUGGGCCUCAUCUCCCCCGGUGUGCAGGUGUCUGCCAGCCCCGGGCCUGGAACCGUUCCUGUGUCUCCAAGAAUAGAGGCUGUUAGUGUCACACCAGAAAAUGCAGGCACUCAGCAAGGAAGGGCCACCAAGUACGACGUAUCAGUCCUGGGCCAGAACCAAACAAAUGGACAAUCAGUUGCAGUGACAGGGGCACAACAGCCUGUUCCUGUGACACCCAAAGGGUCCCAAUUAGUGGCUGAAAGCUUCUUCCGUACCCCAGGUGGACCAACGAAGCCGGCAGGCUCCUCCUGCAUGGAUUUCGAUGGUGCUAAUAACACCUCCAUAGGAACUCUCUUUGUCCCACAGCGAAAACUGGAAGUCUCAACGGAGGAUGUCCAUUAA